UGUUUGGCACUGAGUUGUGCCAGAAGCUAACGCCGGUGACGGGGACUAUGCUGAAAGGGGCAGCAACACGGGCUUUGCCCAGGGUUUUCCCACGCGUUAAACGUUGCAGUCAAAAUUUCAGAAGCUAUCAAUCUGCAGCAUGGUGUGCUGUACCUCGUGAAAGAGUGGUAACCUUGCAAGGCUGCCAUAUUCCUCAUGGCGAGCUCAAAUAUGGACGUGACUGGAGCAUUGUGCUGCUGCAGACCCGAGGGAUGUCAUCCCUGCCGGCACAUGUCAAAGUCUCUCUGCCAGCUCUCUCUCCCACCAUGGAAAUGGGCACCAUUGUAUCUUGGGAGAAAAAAGAAGGGGACCAGCUGGCAGAAGGUGACCUGUUGGCUGAGAUAGAGACAGACAAAGCUACGAUGGGCUUUGAAACGCCAGAGGAAGGAUAUCUUGCCAAGAUUGUGUUGCCAGCCGGCACUAAGGACAUCCCGCUGGGCAAGCUGCUGUGCAUUAUCGUGAGUAGCGAGGCAGACAUUGCGGCCUUCAAAGACUAUCAGCCAACUGAAGGAGACAGCGCAGCAGCUCCUGCUGCUGUCGCGCCUGCUACUGCAACUCCUUCACCUACUCUUCCUCCUCCCCCUACUGCCCCUCCAGCAGCUCAUACACCUCCCCCUGCUCCUGGGGCAAUGAUUUUUGCCUCCCCAUUUGCCAAGAAAGUUGCUGCAGAGAAGGGAGUGGAUUUAGCUACAAUAGCGGCGGCUUCCGGCAAAGGGGGUUCGACUGACUCGAUCAUUCAGGCGCCCGACGUGGAGCAGUUUGUAGGGGCGGCACCAGCGCCUGCCGCUGCUGCUGUGGGUGCUGCCAGUGCCGACUACUCCGACGUGCCCGUGACGAACAUACGAGCUGUGAUCGCCAAGCGUCUUGUGCAGUCCAAGCAGACGGUCCCUCACUACUACCUCACUGUUGAUGUUGCCAUGGACGAGGUUGCUCAGCUGCGCAGGCAACUCAACUCCUUGGUCGAGGCUGAAGGCAACAAACUCUCCUUCAACGAUUUUAUUAUUAAAGCUUCUGCUCUUGCCUGUAUGAAAGUUCCUGAAGUUAACUCUUCUUGGAUGGAUAAAUUCAUCAGGAUGUACAAGAGCGUGGACGUCAGCGUGGCGGUGAGCACGGACCGCGGCCUCAUCACGCCCAUCGUGUUCUCUGCCAACUCCAAGGGCCUCCUUGCCAUCUCUGAGGACGUCAGGAGAUUAGCUGCCAAGGCCAGGGAAGGCAAAUUGCAGCCUCAAGAAUUCCAGGGAGGAACAUUCUCGGUCUCAAACCUGGGCAUGACGGGCGUGAAGAGCUUCAGUGCCGUGAUCAACCCCCCACAGUCGUGCAUCCUCGCCGUGGGUGCCAAGACACAGUCAGAGACAGGAUGUCUGUGCUGCCAAGACACAUUGCACGGCAGGUACCGCACGACGCAGAUGAUGACUGUGACGCUGUCGUGUGACCACCGCACCGUAGACGGCGCCGUGGGGGCGCAGUGGCUGCAGGCCUUCAAGGGAUACCUAGAGAAGCCCUACACCAUGAUACUCUAGACGCCACCUACAUGAUGCUCUAGACAUCACCUACAUGAUACUCUAGAGCCGCCACCACCUACAUGAUGCUCUAGAGGUUGGCCAUACUCUCCAUGUAGUUUGAUAAAAAGCUGAUAUUACAAAGCGAUGGACAGUGAACAAAUAAGUCUCGAAUUGAAAGCAGUGAUUACUACGUCUUUAAUUGUACAGAUUGUGUGGAUGUUAAAGAUGGAAUUUAUUGAAAGACAGCACACUUACUUUGUCUUGAAGUUGCUCAUUUACAGCGGCUUUUAAAUCCUUAUCCUUGUUUGUUAUUAAUAAUGCAGCUACCACAGAUAUUGUAUCUGUUCAUAAUUUGAAACGUGCAGUUUUCAUUGAGGCAUUCCAUCUACUGCCUCAUGACUACCUAUCUUUGUCUCUAUAUAUCUGAGAAAAAUGUGCGCACUUGAACUUAUUUAGGUCUAGAUAGGCUUUCUUAAUUAACCUUUUCAUGUAACCUAAAUAGCCGCGCAUAUCAGAGCUACCCUCGGGUUCAAACAUCAAUGUUUUUGUUAUCUUAUAGGAAUUUUUGUGGCCAGAAUAUCUCCGAGGUCUUAUUGUUAUCGCAGUCACACCGAUGUGUGUGGCGUGCGUUACUCUACAGCUCUUGCCCUCAAACCUCAUUCGUGUCCAGCGUGUGCCUGAGGCGCAUUUAGCGCUGCCACGCUGCUCAUCAAUUUGUCGAUCGUAACUAAGUCCCAGGCCUAAGAUGCUGCGACGAUUAGGGUCUUCUUGAAUGCUUUUGUAUCAUUCUCUGUUUGUUAUAUUUGAAUAUUUUCAAUGGAACGAUGAUAAUGUAGAUGAAAUCUCCCACAGAAAUAUAUUGUUUAGUUAUUUAAGCCAUUUAUGAUAAUGUAAUUAAAGAACAUCAUUCGUUAAAUGAUCGGACGCCAAUCUCGCAUUAGUGCGUUGAAUGUCGGCCUGUGAAUGUGUUUUGUGGUUAUGCUUAAUUGUUCCUGCAACUAUUGCGUUGUUAUCCUAAUGUUUUCUGAUGAAUUACUGAAUCAAGACUGGCAAUGCACAGACGUGUAUUGUCUAUGGUUUUAAUAAAACCCUUGUGUUUCGGAAUAUUUUGACGUGUGCUGGCGGUUCGGUACUUGUUCCUGACUUUGCUGCUUUGUUGACGUUUUGUUUUCUUGCUGUGGCACAUCACACUUAUAUCCUACGUUAUUUCUGGAACUGAAAUCCUUAUUUAUUCGUUCUCAACUAUCAUCACGUAGUUUCCGUCCCAAGUCUUAAUCCGUUUGUUCACUUUCUUUCUUAUGCUUCUCUUCCCAGUUUUGGCAUUUAGACAAUCGAUUGCAAGUUAUUGUUAGGCUGCCAUGCGUGGUCCGAAAUUUUAACCUCCACAAUUAGCAUUUGUUUUCAGAAACUAAAAAGGUAUGCAAGAUUCUUCUCGGGAUUUCUUCGCUGCUGCUUUGUGUUACGACCACCACCGCGUGUGUUCAGUGAUGCUCUGGUGUAAUAUACUGUAAUAUAACUUACGUUGCGUCUCUUCCUCACAGGAGGCGCAUCCAUACAAUAUAAACGGA